AUGGCGUACACGGGAACCGCUUUAUUUCUAACCUGGAGACAUGUCAGUAUUACCGUGUUCCUGAAAGGCCAGACUGGCUUUGCCUCAGGCCCCAGAGCGCUGGCCCUGAGUGAGUGUCUCAGCAGAGACGUUUUGCAUAUGGAUGCUGUCUCGGGAGGUUUUGAAGGCCACAAGCCUUUGCAGGCCUAAGGUGCAGCUGCCCCGGCACUACAGACCUCAGAUUGUAAGGACAGAGCACAGCAUGGAAGGGGGAUCAGAACCACUAGUGAUCCAGGAAGAAGGGUUGUGUGCACAGGUGCGGUGCCCAGUCCUGUAUUUGAUGUUGAAGCUGUCGCCAGCCCUACCAUUGUGGUAUUAACGUGGAAACACAAUGAUUCAGCCGCUUCAGAAUAUACGAUAAAUGUGGGAAACACGCUGUCGUAUGCUGUUAAAAACCAGACAUCAUUUAACAUCACAGGCUUAAGCCCAGCUACUUCCUACACAUUCUCCAUCACCUUGGGAACAGCCAAUGAGACCUCAGGAAAGCCCACAUACAAAAAUAUCACAACAGAGCCCUGGCCAGUGUCGGAUCUCCACGUCGCCUACAUCGGUGUGACACAGGCUCUUCUCGCCUGGAGCGAUGCAAACGGCACCGCUUCUUACCGGAUGCAGAUUGUAGAGCUGACCACAAAUUCAUCAGGUGGUAUUUCAGAUCUGAAGCCGGGGACCCAUAAGAGCUUGGCUGUCCAAGGAUCGAAUGAGACCCAGCAUGACUUACGGGUCACAGACGGCGUCCCGGAUGCCAAUGGCACCGAGGGAAGCCCAGUGGCCAACAUAUCCCAACUACAUAAGAAUUCUCUUGCCUCUGCAGACCCACCCUCUGCCCGGGAUCCCUCCCUCACAGAGGUCUUGCUCACUGAGCUAAAGCCUGAUACUCAGUACAAAGUCACCAUUUAUUCUCAAGCAGCAGAUGGCACAGAAGGACAGCCUGGGAACAAAGUGUUUAAAACAAAGCCCAUCCAAGUUUCUGACAUCAGAGCUGUGAACAUCAGUGACUCGAACAUGACCCUGACCUGGAAAAGCAACAAUAAUGAGUCCCAUGCUUCAUUUACCUACAAAAUAUACGUGGUUGGGGGUUCCAACCCCAUCAACGAAACUGUCAAUGAGACUCAGGCCGUCAUCCGUGGACUCAGCUCCAGUACCUUGUACAACAUCACAGUGCUUCCUUUCCUGGGUCAGACCGCGGGUAUACCAGGCUUCCUCCAAGUGUACACUUCCCCCCGUCCUGUUUCUGACUUCCGAGUGACAAAUGUCAGCCUGAGGGAAAUCGGUUUGGCUUGGAGAAGCAAUGACUCGGAGUCAUUCGAGAUUUUCAUCACGCAGGAGGGAAGUGAGAAACGUUGGAAUGCUUCGACGGGAGACCUGAGCUAUAUCGUUGAAAAUUUAAAGCCUGGGACCAGUUACCAAUUUGAAAUAUUCCCACGAGGACCAAAUGGGACUGAAGGGCCAUCCCAGACAGUUGUUGGUAGAACUGACUGCAGUGCUGUGACUGACAUCCGAGUGGUCAACGUUAGCACCACUGAAAUGCAGCUGGAGUGGCAGAAUACAGACAGUGCUUCUGGAUACACUUACCGUUUAGUUCUAGAGUCUAAGAAUGGCUCCAUCAAGACCAACAGUUCUCAGAAAUGGAUCACAGUAGGGGGCCUUACCCCAGGCACCUUAUACAAUGUUACGAUCUUUCCAGAAGUGGACCAGAUGGAGGGCAGCUCCAGCUCUAUUACCCAGUACACACGGCCCAGCAAUGUGUCCUACAUUGAAGUAAACACCAACACCACCGUGGCAGCCAUCCAGUGGAAGAACCUGGACGCAGCCUCUGCUUCCUACUCCUACUCCAUUCUUAUCUUGAAGGCUGGAGAUGGCAGCAAUGUGACCAGCAGGGUCAGAGACGUCCCUUAUGUCACCAUCCCUGGGCUAAUCCCCGGCGUCUCUUACGAAGUGAAGAUCUUUACAAAGAUUAGGAAUACAGAGGUUGGGAAUGAGGUACCUGGUCGGAAGCCGUUCUGUAUGGAACCUGCACAAGUGGACUCCUUACACUGUGAAGUGGUCCCUAAGGAGCCAGCGCUGGUUCUGAAGUGGGCCUGCCCCCCUGGCAUGAACUCAGGCUUCGAACUGGGGGUCAGGAGUGAUGCUUGGGACAAUAUGACACACUUGGAGAACUGCACUUUGGACAAUGACACAGAGUGCAGGACAGAAGUCACCUAUUUGAAUUUUUCUACCUCGUACAACAUCAGCAUUGCCACCUUGUCAUGUGGAAAGAUGGCACUGCCCACCCAGAGCACCUGCACCACUGGCAUCACAGACCCACCUCCUCCAGAUGGAUCCCCUAAUAUUACAUCGGUCAGUCACAAUUCAGUAAAGGUGAAGUUCAGCGGUUUUGAAGCCAGCCAUGGACCUAUCAAAGCCUAUGCUGUCCUUCUCACCACAGGGGAAGCUGGCCAACCCUCCGCAGAUGUUUUGAAGUACACAUAUGAAGAUUUCAAAAAGGGAGCCUCCGAUACUUACGUGACAUACCUCAUAAGGAUAGACGAGAAGGGACAGUCUCAGGGCUUGUCUGAAGUAUUGAACUAUGAGAUUGAUGUGGGGAACCAAUCCACUACCCUCGGCUACUACAACGGGAGGCUAGAGCCUCUGGGCUCCUACCGGGCUUGUGUUGCUGGCUUUACCAAUAUUACCUACAACCUUCAGAACGAUGGCCUUAUUAAUGGGGAUGAGAGCUAUGUAUCUUUCAGUCCAUAUUCAGAGGCCGUGUCCUUGCCUCAAGAUCCAGGUGUCAUCUGCGGAGCGGUGUUCGGAUGUAUCUUUGGUGCCCUGGCCAUUGUGGCUGUGGGAGGCUUCAUCUUCUGGAGAAAGAAAAGGAAAGAUGCCAAGAAUAAUGAAGUGUCCUUUUCUCAAAUUAAACCUAAAAAAUCCAAGUUAAUCCGAGUGGAGAAUUUUGAGGCCUACUUUAAGAAACAGCAAGCUGACUCCAACUGUGGGUUUGCAGAGGAAUAUGAGGAUCUGAAGCUGAUUGGAAUAAGUUUACCUAAAUAUACAGCGAAUAGCUGAAAACAGGGGAAGAACCACAACAACGUCCUGCCCUAUGAUAUUUCUCGAGUCAAACUUUCAGUCCAGACCCAUUCGACCGACGACUACAUCAACGCCAACUAUAUGCCUGGCUACCAUUCCAAGAAAGAUUUCAUUGCCACACAAGGACCUUUACCCAACACUUUGAAAGAUUUUUGGCGUAUGGUUUGGGAGAAAAACGUAUAUGCCAUUGUUAUGCUGACCAAAUGUGUGGAGCAGGGAAGGACCAAAUGUGAAGAGUACUGGCCUUCCAAGCAGGCUCAGGACUACGGGGACAUAACUGUGGCAAUGACAUCAGAAGUUGUUCUUCCAGAAUGGACCAUCAGAGAUUUCGUGGUGAAAAAUAUGCAGAGUAGUGAGAGUCAUCCUCUGCGGCAGUUCCAUUUCACCUCCUGGCCUGACCAUGGUGUUCCUGACACCACCGACCUGCUCAUCAACUUUCGGUACCUGGUCCGGGAUUACAUGAAGCAGAUCCCCCCUGAGUCACCAAUCCUGGUGCAUUGCAGUGCUGGGGUUGGAAGGACGGGCACUUUCAUUGCUAUUGAUCGCCUGAUCUAUCAGAUAGAGAACGAGAACACCGUGGAUGUGUACGGCAUUGUCUAUGAUCUUCGGAUGCACAGGCCUCUGAUGGUACAGACAGAGGACCAGUAUGUUUUCCUCAAUCAGUGUGUGUUGGAUAUUAUCAGAGCCCAGAAAGACUCAAAAGUUGACCUCAUCUAUCAGAACACAACCGCAAUGACAAUCUAUGAAAACCUCGAGCCAAGUUCCUCGAGUGUGGCUAUGUUGCUUCAUCCACAUCUGAAUGGUUUUGGAUUCUGGGUUCAAAGCUGGAAAACUGAAGGAAAUAGUUUCUGGUUCUGGCUGUGCUGGUGUGCUAGGAUCCAGGGCCUUGUUGACAUCUGGGGACAUGAAAGUAGGGAGGACAGAUGUUUAGGUUUCUCUAGCAGAAGUUAUGACAGCUGUCAUAUCCCCUUCAACUCACAUAUCUUUUUAGGACUGAAUUUAGAUCUCUGAGGCCUCUUGGAAAACAAGUCUAGACUUUCAUGGUAGCUGUUGACCAGGAAAAUUUCCUGACUUUUACAUAUAAAUUGUCCAGU